AACGGCGCCCCCAAGAAGAAGCGACAUCGAGGCGGCAGGAGGAGGAAGAACCGGCGACAGAGCUUCAUAGCGCCUUCAGAAGCACCCACCGACGAUACAGCCGACGGCGAGCGACCGAGCCUCCUCGAUUCCACUCGCCAUGCAUCGCAGCGAGACAGCUACUAUCGUGUCCAGCAAUCCGCCAGGCGCGCUAGCAACACGAGCUUGGAAAGCGAGGCCCUGCUGGAUCAUCGUGAGCACGCAGCAUUCGCCCGUUCAAGGCGAGAUACCAUCAAGAACAGUCUGGCGCGGGUGAGCCUGCCCUUCACGAGACAUCAUCACCGCGCCUCCGAUACAUCUGUGGGCAGAUCAGCCUCUGGACUCCCCAGAUCGCGCCUGGCGCAUGCCGAAGGCGCCGUCAUAAGUGAAGACGAUGAUGACCACGAUGCCUCCAAUGAUAGAACGCCACUGCUCUCCAGCAAGAAUCGCUCGCAACCAAAUCUAUCGCCACAUAACAGUGCCCUGGCCGUUGGCUACGGUAGUCAGGCUGCCUAUCGUGGGAGAAGAUCUUCGAAGGACUCGAGGACGUCCUCUAGAAGAGGUCCUCAGAUCGUCACGACGGCCAGAAAUGGCAGCGAAGAGGAGUCGCACCAUGUCAACAAUCCGCCGUCAGUGCCCGGCUCGCCACAGCUUGGCACGAUGGACGAUGUCUUCCUCGCUGCCGGCGGAAGUGAGCGUGGUCGCGAUGCCAUUGUUGAUAUUGUUGUCGAUGACGACCAACGUUUCGCAAGCACUUCGCCCCAGAGCAUGAGACGUAGGCCGACCCUUGCUCAUAUUGCAGAAAGAGAUGUCUGCUUCCCAGACGAUGUCGAUAUCUCGGAUCAUGGGGAGGAAUCACCACGCCCCCGACAUGAGUCUUCCGAAAGGCCCAGACGAAGGCGUGGUAGGAAGUGGCCAGACCUGGAAAUUCUCGACCAUUGGAGCAGGGAAGAGAAGGAAGAGCGUACACACCAGGAAAUUCUCCGAGCCAAGAAGAUUUCAGAGCCAGUCAUGGUCAAUGGCAGACUUCGACCAGCAAAGACCGCAUGGCAUCGUGAGGAGGACGAUUCUCCUUUCAGGUUCACGUACUUCAACGAGACUCUGGAUGGCACAAUUCACGCAAGGACAAUCAGCGACCUGCAGGACGGCAUGACCUUCCGCGAGCUGUUCUUACCGGACCCCAUCGCCCUCAGCGAUUCCGACGAUUCUGAAGACGAAGGCGCAGGAGAUGACAAUGCCCUUGAGCCACCUGUGCUGCCGAGAGAUGAUUCCCUCGAGACCGCAGCCACUGCGACGACCAAUAUCAAGGACCCUGCUGCAAUGCGUGAGAAGGGCACGCAGAGUCGUCAGCCAUCCAUCAUGAGCAAGACGGCUGGAGGAUCAGCGAAUGCCUCGGGAAAUGCCACGCCAAAGCCAUCGCGGAAGAGAUAUGGUCCUCGACCCACCUUCUGGCUUGAUGUCCUCCAGCCCACUGAGACCGAGAUGAAAGUACUUUCAAAGGCUUUCGGCAUCCAUCAAUUGACCGCUGAGGAUAUCUUGAUGGACGAGCAACGUGAGAAAGUCGAGCUGUUCCCAUCCUACUACUUCGUCAACUACAGGACCUUUGAACAGGACAAGGACAGCGAGAACUACAUGGAUGCAAUCAACAUGUAUGUCAUUGUAUUCAGAGACGGUGUCAUUACUUUCCACUCUAGCAUGAGCCCUCACCCAGCCAACGUGAGGCGACGAAUUCGACAGCUGAACGACUACAUGAGCCCAACCGCCGACUGGAUUAGCUACGCCAUCAUCGACGACAUUACGGAUGUGUAUGCACCACUGGUCACAGAGAUUGAGACAGAGGUCGACGAGAUUGACGAAGAGAUUCUAUACAUGCACACGACUGCUGCCGAUAAUGCUGAUGGAGACAUGGGCGCCAUGAAGGCAGAAGGCGAGAAGACUGCCGGCGAGAGCGGAGGUGACAUGUUGAGACGUGUUGGAGAAUGUCGCAAGAAGGUCAUGAGCUUGUACCGCCUGUUGGGUAACAAGGCAGAUGUCAUCAAGGGCUUUGCGAAGCGCUGCAACGAGCAUUGGGAAGUUGCUCCGCGAUCAGAGAUCGGUCUCUACCUCGGCGACAUUCAGGAUCAUAUCGUGACCAUGACGGCCAAUUUAUCGCACUAUGAGAGGCAAUAUUCACUGACGAUAUACACGUAUAGUCUCCUCAGCCGAGCCCACGGCAACUACGUCGCCCAGAUCAACAUUCGCAUGAACGAGCGGGCUGAACAGAACGCCGAUGUCCUUGGAAAAUUGACUGUCUUGGGUACCAUCGUCCUCCCCAUGAACAUUAUCACUGGUAUGUGGGGUAUGAACGUGUGGGUUCCCGGUCAAGAUAUCGAAGGUGAUCUCACAUGGUUCUUCUGCAUCACAGCAGGACUUAUCGCUUUCGGUCUCGUCUGCUACUUCAUCGCAAGGAAGGUAUACGGCAUAGUAUGA